AUGGCGUAUUUAUCCACCCCGUCUCCACCGAUCUAAACGCCUGCCCACAUCGCGCAGCCUCUCCGUCCACCGUCCUCGCCGCCGACGACAAGGCUACCACUGGAGGCAGCGUCAGAGCCGAUCCCACAGCCCCGCAACCUCGCCACGGCCACACGUGACGCCCCUGCGCACAUCCGCGGUACCAGCUCACGACGAGGGGGAGGAAGAGGGGGGGUGGGCUAUGGAGAAGCAGCCGGGGGCUUCGCCGGAGACCGCGGCGGCAGCCGCGGAGGUGGCGGCGCAGUUCAGGUCGCUCGUCAGCGCCGAGGAUGUGGAAUCCAUCAAGCAGGCGCAGCACCUCAUACUGGGGCGAUUGCAAGAUAGUAAUGCAGUUCUCAUACAUUUCAACGAGUAUUCUGAGCAAUGCUUUGCGGAGGUGUCCAGUGACCUUGCUAGCAAAGCUCGCCUUCUCAAGUCGAUGAAGGAUGAUCUUGACCAUAUUUUCAUGAAGCUGAGAAGCAUGAAAUCAAGGUUAGCAACAACAUAUCCAGACGCUUUCCCUGAUGGCGCGAUGGCAAAGACCAUGGACCAAAGACCAGAUCUUGAAACUCCUCUGGAAUAGUCGGUUUAUCACCUAAACUUAGCAUGUUAGUGACGAGAUCUGCAGUGAAGAUCCAUUCUUCGUGAGAAGUGAAGCAACAAGCUAUCUUCAUCCUUUGUUUGCCGAAAAUUGCAGCAUUUAUUCUUCCAGAAGCUUCUGCAUACACAUUUUGUGGCGUAUGUACAUAACUGGACUUGGUAGAUAUAUGCCUUUUGCUUCUUUUCCUUGUGUAUAUGUGAGAUGGACACCACGUAAUUGUUGGGAUGGUCGCUGUAGGGUUUAAGGUUAUAUUUGCAAUAUGCUCCAUGUUUGUAAGAUCUAGUGUGACAUGACCAGAAAACAAAUGGUAAUCUGGGUGUAGGAUUAUAAGGCUACCUCGUUAGCUUCGCGAGCACAAUGCGCAUUGCCUAUCUGAACGAUUAA